AUGAAUAAAGGGACUCUUUAUUCUGAAUGCAAGUCAUUCAAACUGAGUAAAUCAUUUUGUUUGUGUUCUUUCUCUUUUCAGCCAAGCUCAUCAAGGAACAACUGUACACUGUGUAAUAAAGCAUUUUCAGUAACUGAGAUAAAGUCUCACUGCAAAAUUUGUGGAUCAAUAAUAUGUUCAUUUUGUUCGCAAGAAACUCUUAUCUUGUAUCCCGCGGGAGAAUCAGCUGCCGUACAGUGGUCUCUCAUCAACAUUAUUGGUUCCCCGGAUAAAGAACCAGCCGGUUGUUUGUAUCUGCGAGUCUGUAACGCUUGCCAUAGGGAAGCCGCAGAAUUGCAGGGAAAUACCGUUAUUGAUGGACCCACUGUGGGGUCAAUAUUAGAUGAUAUAGUCAAAACCAACUCAACUCUUACACGACUUCAAGGGAAAAUAAGUGACGUGCUCCCCAAGUAUGGGUUACUUGUCGACGCCGUUGAAGCGAAGAGUGAUUUGAAAGGAUUGGUGCCUGUUGAGAGCAGUCCAACUCAGACACUCGCCAAAUACCAUUUGGAUUUGUCUGAUUUAUUCACGCAAUUUGCGGUUGAUAUGCAAGGCCUCCGACGACUUAAACCGCAAACUAACACUCAAUUGAAGCUCGCAAAGAAUGUGACCAGCAGUAUGAUUAAUUUUUACUGUGAUAGCAUUCCAGUUUUUCGGGAGAGCAAAAAACGUUUGUUUGAAAUACUUCCAGAGGAAAUGUUGGAAAAAGUGCAAGUGAUUGUGGAUCAAAAUGCCAUAAACAGCUCGUACAUCUAUGUCAGACAGCUUGGUCUCGAAGCUUUGUUAUUGUCAGACAAACAUCAGUUCGACAACCAAGUUGCCGUAUUCUUGGCAGACUGCGAGAACGUUUGCCUUGAAGAUUUGAGGAGACAAAUUGAGGCUUGUCGAGAGGACUGGGACCAACACCAGAAACUUCUCCGCGAGCUGCUUCGAAGCAACGUCAAGGAACAUCGCCUAAUCAUUCCUUCUAAGAGACUCGCUGCGACACGAGGUGCUAGUUAUGUUGAAGAGUACCUAUUUGAACGCUGUUUUCUCAUCGUGGCAAAGACAAUUCAUCAAUUGAAUGCCAAAACAACAGAGAAAAAGUUCUCGUCUUCCAAGAAAGCAUUGCAAAACUUGAAUGAACAGCUUACGCGUUUGCUGACAAGCAUUGAUUAAAAAUAUCAUGUUGUGAUUACAAAUUUACUAAUCAAACGAAAACGCUACAUCUGUAAGCAAGGGGUAUCGGUCCCCAAGGGAACCUCGAGUGAUGUCUGCCUCUACGCAAAAAUGAAUCAUGUACCUUCUGAACGUAAGACACAUUAAAAUUCUUUUAGAGUACUUUUUUUAUUAACUCUUUUUUAUAUACAACUUUCUUGUUUAUAUGUGCCAAAGUCAUGGUCUGGCUACGCACAACACACUAUAUUCGUAACGUCUGCCAAGAGAAGAAGUACUAUAAGUUGCAAUGACUUAUGAAGACAUGACUUUUUAUCCAUUUUUGAUAUAUUUUUAAAGCAAGAUUUUUCUUAAAA